AUGGUCGACUUCAUGCCCCCCAGUGGGCCCUCGACAGGCGCCACUAUGACUACCUUUCGAGUCGCUACGGACAGCGGAACGCCUGAUGGAACAGCCAGUGCACCCAAGUCAAGAAUGGGUGGUGCUGCGGUGCCUGCCAUGAGUGGCGCGCAGCUGAAUGGGGCUGGCACGAUUCCCUUGAGCGCGCGUAAGGCGGCGCCGCUGGAUCUCGCUACCGUAGAGCGCAGAGGACAUGGGGCGCCGAACAAUCUACCACCCAAGCAGAACCGUCUCUUUGGUUUGCGCGAGUCUCCAACAUAUCGACCGACAGCCGAGCAGUUCAAGGAUCCCGUGCAAUACAUUCAGAGUAUCCGAGAGGAGGCACAGAAGUAUGGCAUAGUCAAGAUCGUGCCGCCGGAUACCUGGAAUCCGACGUUUGCCAUCGACACAGAGCGCUUCCACUUCCGGACACGGCGACAAGAGCUCAACUCAGUCGAGGGCGGCACACGUGCUAAUUUGAACUACCUCGAUCAGCUCGCCAAAUUUCACAAGCAACAUGGCCACAGUCUCACUCGCUUUCCCAGUGUCGACAAGCGACCUUUGGAUCUCUACAAGCUCAAGAAGGCCGUUGAAAAGAGAGGUGGUUUUGAACGUGUCUGCAAGCAGAAGAAGUGGGCUGAGAUAGGACGCGACCUCGGCUAUAGUGGCAAGAUAAUGUCUUCGCUGUCUACAUCACUCAAAAAUUCAUAUCAGAAGUGGCUGCACCCAUAUGAGGAGUAUCUGCGUCUAGUCAAGCCUGGCGUGCAACAGAUGCUAGAGUACGAGCAUGGCGGACCUUUCACACCAUCGCCAGCCCAUUCGCCCAUGAAGAAAUCGCUACAGGGCACGCCUGUCGCCAACGCGACGGAUUCGCCUGCCAUAAGAGCUUCAGCAGCUCUGAACGCGACACUGCAGGGUGACUCCGUACCCACACCACCAUCCGAACUGUCGCGACCUGCUAUGCAGGCAGGCUUCACACCGGUGAACUCUGGAGGCUUUACAGCGGUCAACGCACUCUCAUCACAGAAGCCAUCUACGCAGCCCUCGACACCUAGUGCUUUUGUUGCGGCCAAUGCCUCAGGUGCUAUGCACCGGGAUGUGUUGGAGUCGCGCACAUCGACACCCCUGCGCAACGCUGGUAGCCCCAUGCUCUCAGCUGACAACACACCCGACCUUCGACCGCCCGGCAAUGGACUGACACCAUUGGCCAACGGACAUCAAUUUAACCAGCUGAAGCGAACCUUCUCCCAGGAUCCAGAGAGUAGUGCAAAUGACGAUGUGGAUGAGGCAAGCGGGCGACGGAGUAAGCGACUUAAGAAAGACGCUCCUCCUACGGUUGCUGGCUCGCACAUGACUCAGCCUCGCCAAUCGACGCCCAGCCGGUCUUUCCCACGCGUGAGAUCGGCCGACGAACGACCUGGUGAUCGUUGCGAAACUUGCGGUACCGAUAAUGAUCCACAGAACAUUUUGUUGUGCGACAGCUGCGACUCCGGCUACCAUGGUUAUUGUUUGGACCCACCGAUCAAGGCUAUUCCUGCAUAUGACUGGCAUUGCCCCAGGUGUCUUGUCGGCACGGGCGAAUUUGGAUUCGAAGAAGGAGGCAUUUACUCGCUUAAGCAGUUCCAGGAACGAGCUCAUCAAUUUAAACAGAGUCAUUUUGCCAACAAGAUGCCUUUCGAUCCGAUCACCAACGCGCCAAAGCCGGUCACCGAGGAUGACGUAGAACGCGAGUUUUGGCAUUCGGUCGCAAACGUGACAGAGACGGUCGAAGUUGAGUAUGGAGCAGACAUACAUUCCACAACACACGGCAGUGGCUUUCCUACGAUCGAGAAGAACCCACGCGACCCCUACUCUACUGAUCCAUGGAAUUUGACUGUACUCCCCUACGCGCCAGAUUCUCUGUUUCGCCACAUCAAGUCCGACAUCUCAGGCAUGACAGUACCUUGGCUAUACGUCGGUAUGGUGUUCUCGACAUUUUGUUGGCAUGCUGAAGAUCAUUACACCUACUCGGCAAACUACCAGCACUUUGGCGCUACCAAAACCUGGUACGGUGUACCAGCCGAAGAUACAGACAAGUUCGAGCAAGCCAUGCGUGAGGCAGUACCAGAAUUGUUUGAGAGCCAACCAGACCUUUUGUUCCAGCUCGUGACGCUUUUGACCCCGGAGCAGCUUUUGAAGGCUGGUGUCAGAGUCUAUGCGAUUGAUCAACGCGCUGGAGAGUUUGUGAUAACAUUCCCAGAAGCCUAUCACGCUGGGUUCAACCAUGGUUUCAACUUGAACGAAGCAGUGAAUUUUGCACCGAGUGACUGGGAGCCUUUUGGUGAGCACGGAGUCCAACGUCUUCAGGAUUACCGACGUCAGCCAUGUUUCUCUCACGACGAACUACUAUUGGCCGCGGCAUCGCGUAAAGACACAACUAUCAAAACCGCCAAGUGGCUCGGCCCUGCAAUGGAGCGAAUGCUCGAGCGAGAAUCGCGCAUUCGUGCAGAAUUCCUCGAGAAGCACAAAGCUGCCAGACCGCAUACUUGCAAAAUUGACGGCACCGGCGAUAGCGAAACACCAUGUGAGCUUGAGUUCGUCGUCGAUGAUGCAGACAUGCACGAAGAUGAACUGAUCUGUGCCUUCUGCAAGGCCUAUGGCUAUCUCUCUCGGUUUUACUGUAGCAAGACUAAGAAGGUCUUGUGUCUACAGCAUGCGGGAUGGUUUGAGUGUUGCCCAGAGACCCCAGAAUCUGAGCGUCACUUUGGAGCCCAAGGUCAACACAAGCUAGUAUACCGCAUGCCCGAGGAUGCUCUUACUACGCUAGUCCAAAAGAUCGUUGACAAAGCAGGCAUGCCAGAAGCUUGGGAAUCAAAGAUGGAAGCUCUGCUUGCCGAAGGGCCUCGGCCUCAACUGAAGUCUUUGCGCGCCCUCUUGAACGAAGGUGAGAAGAUUGACUGGGACCUGAAUGGCCUUCAGGAUCUGAAAGAUUUCGUCGAUAAGUGCCAGGAAGUCGCCGAGGAAGCUAUUCUCUAUACCACUCGGAAGCAACAAGCCCGCCGCAAGGCAGAACGUCCCGGGAGAGGACGACCAAGCAAGGCGAACAUCGCUGAGGCGGAUGAGAAGGACCGCGAGUACCGCAACGUGGACAACAUACAGAAACUGCUCAACCAAGCGAAAGACCUGGGGUUCGAUAGUCCGGAAAUAACUACGCUCCGAGAACGCGCUGAGAGCAUUGUCGAGUUUCAGACUAGAGCGCGCACUGCUUUGCGUGAACGCACGUCUGAGCAAAGCAUCGCUCGGCUUGAUGAGCUCCUAGAGGAAGGGAAAGGUUUCAACGUCGACCUCCCCGAGCUUGAAUCCCUCGAAAAAGUGGUACAGCAGUUGAAAUGGCUCCAAGAAGCACAGGACUUCAAGGUGAAGCUGGCACCGACGCUUCAAGAAGUUGGUGAGCUCAUCAAGAGUGGCGUUGAAGUCGGCAUGCCAGAACACCAUCCCGACCUUCGCUUCCUGCAAGAAAAACGAGACCAAGGCGAGUUCUGGGAAAAGAAGGCCAAAGAGCUCAUGGAAGUGGAGAACGUGCAUUACCAGCAACUCGAUGCCUUUUCCAAGCAAGCGACCAACCUGCCCGUAACACCAGAGACCCGUGCAGCUAUGGAUGCUAUUUUGAAAAAGCAGCGAGAUGCACAGGAACUUAUCAUGUCAUUAUACGAGCGAAGUAAGAAUCCUGACUUCUCUCAGCGACCAAAGUACAUGGAAGUCCGCAAUGCCAUGGAAUCACUGAACGCACUGAACGGCAAGCCUAAUGGCACGAACGACCUUGAAAAGGAACAGAAGCGACAUGAAGAUUGGAUGAGACGAGGAAAGAAGCUCUUCGGCAAAGCCAAUGCGCCCCUCCAUAUUCUCCAUGCGCACAUGAAGCAAGUCGACGAGCGUAAUCGUUCCUGCUUCGACUUGUCUGAUCAGCCUCGAAUGCCUGUGGAGCCCGCCUCUCGUGAACAGAGCCCAGCUGAUGGCGAAGAGGUUGACGGUUCGGGAUCUAGCCGAGAUGUCUUUUGUAUCUGUCGAAAGCCUGAAGCUGGCAUGAUGAUCGAGUGUGAACUGUGUCACGAAUGGUAUCACGGGAAGUGCUUAAAGAUCGCACGCGGAAAGGUCAAAGAGGACGACAAGUACACGUGUCCCAUCUGCGACUACCGUGUUAAAAUCCCACGCGAUGCGACUCGUCCUAAAUUGGAGGACCUGCAGCUUUGGCAGGACGAAGUUCCUGGUUUGCCGUUCCAACCCGAAGAAGAGGAGACAUUGGACUCCCUUAUCGAGCACGGUACCAAGUUCCGUGACUACGUUGCGCAGUACAUCAAUCCGUUGAUGUCAAGCCCUGAUGAACUCACCACGCAGCGGUUCUACCUACGGAAGCUUGAGGGCGCCGAGAUCCUUCUCUCCAACGAGAUCAACUUCUUCCGUCAGGAGCUGCAUAAGUGGGCACCAGUUGCCCCAACGCCACCGCCGAUUCUACAGGCGUCGCUCUCUACGCGUAAGCCUCGGCCCACGAAGCAACAAAAGCUUAUGACCCAGUUGGGCAUCACCAAUCCAGAUGAUCUUCCACAGCACCUCAAGACCAAGACUCACCAGUUUAAGCGCAAGGAUGGAGACGGUCUCAAGUCGACGAGUCAGCAAUCUGGUGCUGCUGAGCAAUCUCAUACACCCCCUGGCGAGCCUCGUCAAGGUGCUGGUGAAAGCAGUGAGUACUUUAACACAACCACUACGUCUACGUUCAGCAACUCUCCUACAUUUGCUACGACGGCUCCACUCAGUUUUGGCGGAGGUUCUUCCAUCGCGCCCAUCGAUCCAGGUCUCUUUGAGAGCUCAGGCCCGGCAGCUCCGACCAGUCCUAUGCAAGACCCGUUCAAGAGCUCAGGUAGUGGCAACGAGAUGUUUGGCGAAGCAAUGGAGAUGGGUGGUGGUCAGGCAGAAGAGGCAUUGGCUGUCACCGAAGGCAACAAUUACAUGGAAUAG